UCCAUCAUCUACCAUUCUCACCACCAGCCAAGAGGCCAAGAAGCAGCAGCUAGCAUGGCCAAGAACCGCCACCUAGUCUGCCUCCUCUUCCUCACGGCGGCCGCGGCCGCCGCCACCGUCUCCGCCGCCGCCGCGGGCAACCUGACGGCGUACGAGAUGCUGGAGCGGUACAUGUUCCCGCGGGGCAUCCUCCCCCAGGGCGUGCAGCGCUACGUGCUCCGGCCCGACGGCUCCUUCGAGGUCUUCUUCCCCGGCAACGGCGGCUGUGAGUUCCGCGUCGGCGGCCGGUACCUGCUCCGGUACGAGCGGCGGAUCGCCGGGACGGCGCGCGCGGGGUCCAUCCACGGCCUGCGGGGCGUCAGCGUGAAGGUGCUCUUCCUGUGGCUCGGCAUCGACGAGGUGGACCGCGCCGGCGACCAGCUCAGCUUCCGCGUCGGCCCGCUCGCCGCGUCGUUCCCGCUCCGCAUGUUCGCCCAGAGCCCGCGCUGCCGCUGCGGCUUCGACUGCGCCGCCGCCGCCGGAGAUGCCGCCGUCGCGGCGUCCUGACCCCGUGAUGUCGCCUCCUCCUCACCGUGUCCUCUUGUUUUUCUUGCAUCUCGAUCGUCGCCGCUCGACUCGAUCACUGUAAUCGCUGCUGCAGUCGUGGAUGUACCAUAUAUCAUAUAUUCAUAUCGUACGUUGGAUUGUUUCUUGAACGAUGUACGAAGAAAAAACAGUCACAGAGACCGGAUCGAUUCUUGGGAUUCGAACAGUUCGUUUCCGGUUUGAUGCCAUAGAUGAGUUGCCUUCUGGAUCUUCUUCUUCUUCUUCCCUGUUUGAUUGAUGUGUCACUGUCAGGGUGGCAAUGUGAUGCCGUAACACGCGCUACGGCGUCACACUUUCCAUUUUUUUUUAAAAAAAUAUGGGCUUUA